CUAUAUAUUAUAAAUUCAUAAUACAUAAAAAAAAAAAAAGAGAAUAAUUUGAAAUAAAUGGAGGAGUGGUAGUGUAAAUCCAGCAACCCGCUCACUCCCUAUCCACUCAUUGAAUAAACCCGAGUUCCAUUAAUACUUCUGCUAAUUAUCCCUAUCUAUCAACAUGUCUAACCAAUCAACAAAACCCCUCCCCGGAGAAAUCCAACAACCACCACCACCACCCACCACCACCGCCACCACAACCACCACAAUGUCCACCGACACCCCAUCACCACCACUCCUCCUCCCCAUAACCACCACCACCACCGCCGCCACCAAAACGAAGAAACUCACCCUCAUCCCCCUAAUCUUCCUCAUCUACUUCGAAGUCGCCGGCGGCCCAUACGGCGAGGAGCCCGCCGUUCAAGCGGCGGGCCCACUCCUCGCAAUCCUAGGGUUCCUAAUAUUCCCCUUCAUCUGGUCAAUCCCCGAAGCCCUAAUCACGGCGGAACUCUCCACCGCGUUCCCCGGCAACGGCGGCUUCGUGAUAUGGGCCGACAAAGCCUUCGGCCCCUUCUUCGGCUCCCUUAUGGGAACCCUGAAAUUCCUCAGCGGCGUAAUCAACAUCGCCGCCUUCCCCGCUCUCUGCAUCGACUACCUCAAACGAAUAUUCCCAAUAUUCGCAUCUGGCCUCCCCCGUAACCUCGCCAUAAUCACCUUCACCCUCGUCUUCUCCUUCCUUAAUUACACCGGAUUAGCCAUCGUCGGAUACUUCGCCGUCGGAUUAGGGGUUGUUUCAUUAGCCCCCUUUCUGAUUAUGUCCGCAAUCGCAAUUCCCCAGAUCCACCCCCGCCGUUGGAUUAGCCUAGGUCAAAAGGGCGUAAAAAAGGACUGGACUCUGUUCUUCAAUACUCUGUUCUGGAAUCUCAAUUUUUGGGAUAAUGUAAGCACAAUGGCCGGAGAAGUCGAUAAACCUCACAAAACAUUCCCCUUAGCGCUACUCUGCGCCGUGAUUUUGACCUGUUUGGGCUACAUCAUCCCUCUCGUGGCGGUAACCGGCGCCGUUUUGGUCGAUCAGAACGAUUGGGAGACGGGAUUCAUGGCGGACGCCGCGAAAAUGAUCUCCGGCAGCUGGCUGAAAUUCUGGAUCGAAAUCGGGGCCGUAUUAUCUGCGAUUGGAUUGUUCGAGGCUCAAUUGAGCAGCAGCGCGUACCAGCUUCUCGGGAUGGCGGAUCUGGCUUUCCUGCCGAGAUUCUUCGCGCUGAGAUCGAAGUGGUUCAAUACUCCGUGGGUGGGGAUUGUGCUCUCGACGGCGAUUGCGCUUGGGGUUUCGUACAUGAGCUACACGGACAUCGUGGCGUCGGCGAAUUUCCUGUACAGCUUGGGGAUGCUUCUGGAGUUCGCGUCGUUUCUGUGGCUGAGGAGGAAGUUUCCGGCGAUGAAGAGGCCGUACAAGGUGCCGCUCGGAUUGCCGGCGCUGGUGGUGAUGUGCCUGGUUCCGGCGGUGUUCCUGGUGGUGAUAAUGGCGAUCGCGACGAAGACUGUUUAUCUGGUGAGCGGACUGAUGACCGCCGCCGGGAUUGGGUGGUACUUCUAUAAACUCUGCAAGUCGAGAGGCUGGUUUACGUUCAAACGAGUUGACAACGAUGAAGAGGACCCUUGACACGUCACCCUCGUUAUUAAUCAGUUAACUAUUUUUCUUUUCGAUUCAGGUGAUGAAUUUCUUGGAACGCAAGAGAAGUGUGAAACACAUUUCUCUUUUUUAUAAAUCGCACUUUUAAUCCCUAUAGUUUGAACUUUAUGCAUAUAGCUCCUUAGUAUUUUUAAUA